AUGGACGGCGUCGACCUUGCAGGCAACAGUCGGCGUUCGGAGAUUUUAGAAACAGUUGGAAUUCAUUGCUCAUCGUCAACAAUAGCGGACACGCUAGACUUGGCAGUGCGGCAACCGGCGUCGGCGGUUUGCGGGCGCGCGCUGGAUCGAUUGAGUGGACGAUGGACGUUCCUGUCGAUGCCGCAGGACGUCAAUUUGGUGGCUUAUGGAAAACAGUUUUCCGGCGAGUGGCCGUCGUUUCGCGUAGAAAUGGAUUGCGACGGCGUCGUGAACGCGAUGCCAACAUUUGCACUGACCAAGGACUCCGCCAAUGAGGAGGCGCAGGACCGCGGAAAAUUGUUAUCCGGUGCUGAUGAGAAGAAUCCGUCAGCCCCGAGUCGCCCGAACACGUUCGUCGAACAGUGCGUCGCUUAUGUCGGACGGGUCUUUUCAUGGGAUUUCUAUAGGACUGUGUAUCUGUUCUUUCUACCAAUAGUGACAUUUCGAAACCGUAGGUGA